GACUUCUUGUCACCUAAUACACACACACACACACACACACACACACACACACAGAGACGCUCAGAGAGAUAGAGAUAGCUGGAGAGAGAUCAGUGUGUUGAGGUUGAGGAGGAUGGCGCUGCUCGUCCUGCUGCUCUGGGGUGUCUCACUUUCCUAUGGGUUUAAUGUUGACGUUUUGGACCCAGAGAAAUUCUCAGGAAAUAAUGAGGAGUUUUUUGGAUACAGACUGUUGCAAUAUCAGUCUGAUAAGAUGAAACAAAUUAUCGUCAGCGCUCCACUAGGCACAAACAGUUCAGGAGCUCUUUACAGUUGCACAGUGGAGAAGAAUGACUGCAGCUCUUUUUAUCAGCCAGACUCAAAGGCGAUCAGGUUCUUUGGGAUGUCCAUGACAGUGGGGACGUCUCCAUCAGCCACACUCACUAGCUGCAGCCCGAGUUUCAAUCAUGAGUGUGAUGGAAACUCACUCCUGAAUGGAAUCUGUUACCAGUUCAACAACACUCUGAAAAUGGUCACCAAGAUCACCGCCGCAUUCCAAGAGUGCACGAAGAGUAAAGUGAACCUGGUUUUUCUUUUUGACGGCUCCAGCAGCAUGCAAACAUCUGACUUCAAUAAGAAUAAAGAAUUCAUAUGGAACAUCAUGACAACAAUGAAAAACACAUCUAUUGAGUUUGCUGCUGUUCAGUUUUCUAGCGAUUUCAGGACAGUUUUCACCUUUAAAGAUUAUGUUAGUGGCACGGCGAAGAAGAGACUUGAUGACGAAGUGCACAUGAAGCAGCUCACAAACACACACAGAGCCAUCCAGUUCACCCUUGAUCAUCUGUUUAAUAAUAAUAAGUCCGGUGCGGAUCCUGAAGCUAAAAAAGCCCUCGUCAUCAUCACAGAUGGAGCUCCUUCUGAUUUAGAUAAUAAAGUGACACAUCGCUGUGAGGAACAAAACAUUGUCCGCUUUGUUAUUGGGGUGGGGCAUCAAGUCAAAUUAGAGAAGCUGGAAAAGUUUGCCUCAGAGCCGAAAGAGAACAACAUCUUCAUGAUUAACAACUACGCUGGACUUAAUGGACUUUUGAAUAAUUUACAAAAUAAGAUCUUUGGCAUGGAGGGAACUCGGGGCAUGUUGUUUAGUAAAGAGCUGUCUCAGAGCGGAUUCAGUGCUGCAAGUGACAAGGACACUCUCAUACUGGGAGCGGUUGGAUCUAAUCAUUGGACUGGAAACCUGUAUGAGGUCACAGGAUCUGAAGCUUCGAUCAGUGAGAUGGAAAUCAAAGACAUAAACCUAAAUAAUGAUUCAUACAAUGGUUACUCUGUUGUGGUUGGGCAGAGGGGCAGAGAUUCUCUUGUGUUCUCUGGAGCACCGAGAUGUGAUUACAGGGGUCGGGUGACUCUGUUCAGGAAGAGCACUGACAAGUGGGAAGCCAUCAGCAAUAUCGCAGGAGAACUGAUCGGCUCGUAUUUCGGAGGAUCGGUGUGUGUGUUAGACCUGGACUCAGACAACAACACUGACUUCCUCGUGGUUGGAGCUCCGCUGUAUUACCAACCUCAUCCUCAGAGAGAGGGACGGGUGUAUAUCUACAGACUCACACAGCAGCUGAAAUUGGAGAAGCAGUUGGAGAUUAGUGAAUCAGCUCAGGGUCGGUUUGGGAUGACUUUAGCUGCUGUAUCAGAUCUGAAUGGAGACCAGCUGAAGGAUUUAGCUGUUGGAGCGCCACUGGAAGAUGAUCAAAAAGGAGCCGUUUACAUUUACCUCGGCAACCAUGAUCACGGCAUCCGCUCUAAGUACAGCCAGAGAAUUGUUGCAAGUUCCAUUAAUAAGCAGCUUCAGCAUUUCGGCUUGUCGAUUGAUGGUGUAAUGGACAUGGGACAGGAUGGUCUGAUAGACAUUGCUGUUGGAGCACAAGGGACCGUUUUACUCUUGAGAACUCGGCCGGUUGUGUCCGUCUCAGCAAAGCUCAGUUUCUCCCCGUCUGAAAUCAACCUGAAUCAUUUUGACUGCCUCGGCAGCUCAGACAACGCUAUUCCUGUCCUCUACCUCAGCACCUGCUUCAGUAUGGCAGAGGACACCAAAAGCAAAGGGGGAGUAAGGAGUGGACUAAAUGUAUCACUGGAGCUCAAAGCUGACGCUGUGAGAAAGGACAGUCGUGCAUUUUUCAAUAAGGACGAUAAGACGUCCAGGAGUCUGGUGAAGUCUGUGCUCCUGAACACAGAGGUUUCCUGUUACAAUCAUACAGUCUAUAUGAAGAGCUGUGUGAAGGACACGGUGUCUCCAGUCUUAUUCCGACUCAACUUCAGCCAGUUUGAUCAUCAACCAGACUACUCCAACGCCAUCCUGAACAUCGACAGCAAAAACACUGCUCAUGUAGAGGUUCCCUUUCAGAUUAACUGCAAAAACACGACCUGUGUAUCAGACCUGCAGCUGAACUUUAACUUUCUGAACAGCACAUUGCUGGUGGUGGAUCAGGCAUCAUUUAUUAUCCAUGUGACUUUAGUGAACACAGGAGACGACUCGUUCAACACAAGCGUGGUUCUGUUCUACCCUCCUGGAUUAUCACUCUCUCUGUUCAAGACCAUCAAGCAAAACAGAAGGACUCGAAGCAGUUGUGGAGAUCGUGAUGAAGGAGCGCUGAACAAAACCACCUGCAGUAUCAGUUUACCGGUUUAUCGCAGUAACACAGAGGCUGUGUUUGAGGGUGUGUUUCGCAUCUCUCGUGACUACAACUGGACUGACAUCAUGAAAAUGACCCUUGUGGCCAGCAGUGAUAACAAUAGAAAUACAAGUAGCACCACAGUGAUGAAGACUCUGCCUGUUCUGUACAGUGUAGACGUGGCCGUCAGCUCUGUUCCUGAGCUUUCUGUAACGUAUCUGAAUUUCUCUCUUGGAGAUAAAGGCCCUAAACCUAUCCAUAUUGUGUUUAAGGUGAGGAAUCUGGGACUGAAGGGUCUGCCAGUGACAAUAAGCUUCAGGAUGCUGAAUCACACUGAUGAAAAGAUCUUCCAUCUGGAUAAUAAUUCCAUCUUAUCGAAUAUUACAGUCUGUAGCAUCAUACCACCUCAGAAACAUGAUGACAUUUUGACGGAGCAGUUUGUGAAUUUCACCUGUCGACCUUUCUCACUGGAUCCCGGGUCUGUUGUCUAUAUUAAUCUGAGUGCAAACGUCACGUUCCCUAAUAAACAGCAAUAUUCAGAGAAAUGGUCUUUCAGUGGUUUCAAGGAGGAGGACGAUUUUUCAGUCUUUGCUCAGCUGGACUUUGAUAAAAAGUUUUAUCAUCAGUUAUCUGGUCACAGCGAGAACGAUUCCAGCAGAUUUCAUCGUGCUCAUAUCAGUGUAAAAGCAGAGCUGGUUGUUCCUCCUGAUAUGAUUAUGAUAAUCGGAACAGGCGUAGGAGGAGGACUUUUACUGCUUUUCAUCUUCAUCAUCCUGCUGUGGAAGUGUGGUUUCUUUAAGCGAAAGCGGUUUGCACCUUGUGAUGAAGGGAGUGAGUACAGGACAGAAGAUUAUGAUGAAUGCGGUGAAACAAUGGGAAAGAUGGAUCAAUCUCCUUCCAGAUCUGAAGAGAAACCGUUCAUCCCUGCUGAAGGAAAAGGUGUUGGAUCUGAAAAUGGAAGUAAAGAGAAUGGAGAGAUGGAAAAGAGUGUGGAGUGAAAAGUCUUCCCUGAUGGAGCUUCUGAUUGUCCAUUAAAUUUAUUCUGCUUUAGUUUAACUCGAAUGCUGCUUCUCUCACGCUGUGAUUCUUUAUCAUGGCACUGUAUUUAACUUCCUGUUAGCGCUUUUCUGCAGAAACAUGUUAGUGUUACACACUGCAUCAGUCCAGACUGAGAUAAUGAGAGUAAUGUAUGUGAUGUGUGUGUGUGUGUGUGUGUGUGUGUGUGUGAGGACCGUAGGUUUACCAGACUGUCAUACUGCAGUCAUUAGGUUUAGUGUUUUUAGUUAAAAUGUUAUACAAUUUAUCUGUUGAUAUUUUUAGUCUAACCUGCUACUGUGUUCUGACUCUCACCGCCUGCAGCACUACACACUUACCCGAGUCAGGACUGUUUGCUAGGAAAUACGAUUUUGCUGUUUUGCUGGUAUUAAUAACUGCCGAUAUUUACAGAUUGUUUUUAUCUUUGUUUGUUUGGCUUUUGUGAUUAAAAAAAAAUGUAUAAAAGGAGUAAAACAUGAUAAUUAACUGUUAAUAGGUGUUUUUAAAUAAAGGAUGAUAUGUUGAAUGAUAUAUAUUAAUAUUCAUGUUUUUUCUUAAUCAAAUCAAUAUUCAUUUAUAUAGCACCUUUUAAAACAAAUUGAUAUCAAACAGAUAAAAUUAAAGUACCAUUCACAUGCAAGUACAAAGAAAAUGAACUAAUUCUCAAUAUCCACUUUAAACGGAAAUGAGGUUUAACGAGGUUUGAAAAGGAACUAAAUUUGAGGUCAGUCUUAGGCUAUAUUUUAAGCAUUCAGUAGAUCGAUCUCUGUUCCUCUGUUUAUUUCUAAUCUAGGAUCAGACCUGUAGAAAGGCUUGGCCUAUAAUGAGAAUGUAAGAUUUAUACUGUCUUACUUAUAGUAAUUCUGAUAUUAUUAAUAUUAAUAAUUUUUUUUAUUUGUUUAUGUUAUAAAUAGCACUUAUUUUAAUAUUUAGUAUUUAGUAUAACCUUGAAUCGAAUUAUGGCAGCAAUGUGUAGUGUUAUGUUUCUUCUAAACAUGGCAUUAGUCACGUGAUUAUCUAAAGAGAUGAUAUUUUUCAUGUUUAAGUGUGAAUACAUUAUUCUAGCUGACUCUGUAUGUUUGUAUAUAUGAAGGGCAUCAGCGUAAAACCUGUGCCAAGUGGUUGUGCGGUUCGGAUGGCCCGCUGUGGCGACUUAUUGACGGGAACAGCCGAAAGACUAAAAAUAUUAUAAUUUAUAAAAUAUCGCCAAUUCUUCUAUAAUCCUACAGGUUCAACUAUUCACACAUGAACAAGCAGCACAGCAUCUUGUGUGGAUUGGAGCAAAUUGCUAAAUUUGUUUAGAAUUGUAACAAAACCUGCAAAGGAAAAAAAGAAGAAGAAAAUAACUUUUGUAACUGAUUUAAGGUUUAUUGUUGUUUUUCUGUUUAAUAUGAAAAUAUUUGUAAAAUAUUUCAUUAUGUAUUUUAUUGCCCUGUAAUGUGUGUAUUUGUCUACUGCUGAUUAAUUAUUAAAGAGGUUUUUGCACAUAACAA